CAUAGCCCUACAUGCGUCAAGUACGCGAUCGGGAGACGCGGAACGAAGCAGAAUCCUUGCCGAUUCGGGGCGCCUUGGAAACCAGUGGAGAAGACUUACUUUGACGAAGACGGGCUAUUGCGGCUUCGACGCAGCCACAGCCUGGUGAACCGAUGGAACAAGGUAAUGGCAGUGGGGCUGCGACACAACCACGAUAUAUCCUUCAUUGUGACAAAAUGCAAGGGUCUGGCGCUCGUUUACUACGUGACCAACUACGCCACCAAAGUGGAGGAUCCGGUGUGGAAGCGUGUGGUGGCAGCCAAAGAACUAAUUCGGCUCCUGGGCGAUGAUGGUACUGGGGAUCAGUCGAGCAAUGGGCGAGGUCGAACCGAGGACGACAACCGUCACAGCCAAGCGCGCCGAUUUCUGCUGCGAAUGGCCAACAGAAUCUUCACGGAACGGGCGUUGUCGCAGGUCGAGGUGUUGGCCCAUUUUCAGGGAUACGAGACAGAACUUACAAACAGCACCGCCUGGACGUUUCUGAACGUCUGCACUCUCUACUGGCAUAUCUUCCGGCGAUGGCCCCUCCUGCGCCGUGCGGCCGGCGAGGGCGAGCUGGACGAGUCGAUCGGGGAGACGGUGCUGCUGGGAAAAGCCGGACAGAGGAUCUCGCUGUUGCAAGCUUACCCGUACCGCGGUCAGCGACUGGAAGGGUUAGCUCUUUACGACUAUAUGUCGGUCGUCAAAUUGAAGCGGAAGGGGGGAUGCGUCCGCUCGGGUGAAGUGGAACUAGACAGGGCCUGGCCAUUGUCGGCAUCGUGGAUCCAGACACUGCGGCAUCCAAACCAGCUUGCGGCGGUCUGCUUAGAUGGCUAUUUAGGCAUGGAUUUUACUGAGGAGGAUGAUUCCUACUACAGGAGAGCAGCAGUACAACACCUUGGCCUCUUCAUUCCUUGGCAUGCUUUCCUGUGCGAGUCAUCUGGCGAGAUAAACAGGAUUUGGGAGACACAGAAGACAUGCCUCUCCAAGCGCAUGACGUGGCUAGCGGACAACAUCCAGUUGCUGCGGCGUUCGGCCGAGGACGUGGCGCGGGAUGCCAGGCAGUGGGCGGCAUUGUCCGGCGAAGGAGAUCCCACUGCCGACGCAGUCGGAUCAGGCAGUACGGAAGGGCACGACGCACAGGGCGUAGAGCACCGGCCUGGUGGUGUCGGUUUGGCGACCCGCCUGAUAGACGUGCUAAGGAAUGCGAUGACGAGAAAAGAGAUCACAGCCGGCUCAAAAGAGAUCUCUUCUAUGGUUGAGCAAAUGUACCGCUUCCAAGCGACUGCCCUCGACUCCACCGACGACCUUCGCGCUACGGUCAUCCCUGAUCAUGAUGCGCACAUCCUAGGAGGUUCAAUCUCGCGGGCAGAGAUCCCCCGGCAGGAGCAGCUGAGAUCCAUCAAGUCGCAGCAAAACGGUCUCUCCCGCGAACGGGAGAAUAUGAUCCAGGGACUGCAGAAUCAGUUGGGCGGCACAGCAGCCGCCGACGGAGUCGCGGCGCACAGCGGGUCCGACAGGCCCGGCCAGCAAGACGAUCCUACCACGCAUGCCGAUCAAAGGGGCCCAUCUCGGGAUACGGGUCCAUCGACGGGCGUUAUGUUCGGCCCAUCCACAUCCUUUUGCGAGACCGGAAGGCAAGUGGCCGAGUCCUUCACACUGAACCAAAGACAAAGCAUAGCGUUGCAGUUGAUAUGUCGCCAACUUGACCGGAUGCGGCACGACGACAACGAAACCCCCCAACUCUGCCAAUUCAUUGGAGGUGAGGGAGGCACCGGCAAGUCUCGCGUCAUUGCUGCCAUCGCGGAAUUGUUCGUUCGUACGGGACAAUCCCAUCGCCUGCUAUUGACGGCGACGUCCGGCACAGCGGCCGCGAACAUCAAUGGAAUCACUAUCCAUUCCGCUUGCAGAUUCUCUAAAGACACAGUCACGAGAGUAGGCCGCGCCGGUGACCCAGACGGCUUCGCAUCGUCUGGCUCGGCAGCUCUCCGCAUCGACGGGCAGACCAAGAUGGACUGGCAGGAGAAACAGGUCUUGAUCAUAGACGAAGUCAGCAUGCUGGGCGCUCGGACGCUGCACGCCGUCAACGAACAGCUCUGCAGAUUGAGAGAGUCUGCUCGAGACUUCGGUGGGAUUCCGAUAGUCAUCUUUUGCGGCGACUUCCAUCAGUUCCGUCCCGUGCAGGAGCGAUCGAUCCUCCUCCCCAGCGCCUCUACUACCUGGGAAGGAGAUAAUGGCUUCGGCAUAGAACAGAGGCGGCAACAUGACACGGCUCACGCCCUGUGGAGGAAGUUCACCACAGUGUGUCAGAUAUUAAGGUGAAUCGUGUAUAUUUCUUGAUUCUGUCGCAAUCGAAGGACUAUUGAGACCUUAUAUCUUCGACUGGUUCCUUCUAGGACUUGAGUCCUAGAAAGUCCUAGAUGAAAGUCCUACGAUCUAAGUUUAGGACUUCAAACUUUAAUCCUGAACCUUAAUCCUGAAGUUGAGGGUGAACCCUCCAACAUUCAACACGUACUCAUUCUCCCGGAUGUUGAAGUACCAAUUGACUGCUUUCGGGGUAAACCCAUUGAACCUAGCGGCUUCUUGGCGUCUCCCAAGCUUCGUAGAUAGUGUUGAAUGACCCUUGACAAAUCUUGAGAUCCAGUUCUUGCCUAGGACCUUGCUAUCUCCCUGCUGACAGAGCAGGGCUUCGACGCAACUUCGAAGCUGGCUAUGCGUGAGAGCGUAUCCAAGAGACUCUUGCCGCAGAAUCCAACGACUUAGACGGUCCUCCUGACUCGAAGAAAUACGUUGAUGAGGGUGGGU